GAGACAAUGGGGAAUGAGACGACAGUGAAUCGGUUUAUUCUACUGGGCUUUUCAAAUGUGACCAGUUACACACUCCUUCUCUUCGCUGUGUUUCUGUGCAUUUACAUUGCCACUGUACUAGGCAAUGUCACCAUCAUUGCCAUCAUUAAUGUGGAUGAUGCCCUCCACAUCCCUAUGUACUUCUUCCUUCUGAACCUUUCUUUCCUGGAGAUUGGCUACACCUCAGUCACAAUUCCAAAACUUCUUGAGAACAUCCUUGCUUUGGACAAAACCAUCUCUUUACGUGCAUGUGCUACUCAAAUGUAUUUCUUUCUCUUCUUUGGUGCCACUGAGUGUUGUCUUCUGGCUGUCAUGGCUUACGAUCGCUACAUAGCUAUAUGCAACCCACUGCGAUACCCAAUUGUCAUGAGGAAAAGAACAUGCAUCCAGCUUGCUGCCUUGUCUUGGGUUUGUGGUUGCUUGGUGGCUUUGGGUCAUACCACCUUCAUCUUCAGACUGCCCUUCUGUGACUCCAAUGUCAUCAACCAUUUCUUUUGUGAAAUCCAGCCUGUGCUGAAACUGGUGUGUGGAAACACCUACUGGAAUGAGAUCCAGAUUAUUGUAGCUGCUGCCUUUGUAAUCUUGAUGCCCUUCAUGCUGAUCCUUCUGUCUUAUAUCCACAUCAUCAGUACCAUCUUAAAGAUGCAAUCAACCAAGAGCCGCCAGAAAGCGUUCUCCACCUGUUCCUCACACCUUGCUGCUGUGUCCGUAUUCUAUGGGACAGCCAUUUUUAUAUACAUCCGCCCCAAAUCCAGCUAUUCUCUGAAUGUGGACAAAUUUUUCUCUCUCUUCUACUCAGUUAUAACUCCAAUAUUUAAUCCAAUUAUCUAUAGUCUGAGAAACAAAGAAGUAAAGGGAGCUCUCAGAAAGACAGUUUCAAAGAUAAUUCCAUCAAAAAUAUAA